UCAUUUUUAGAUACAACGUGUUAAUCUGACAGACAUAAAAACACAAAUUUUAGUAAAUAUUUGGAAAAAAAAUAUAUGAAAGUUUUUAAUAGUUUAGUUUAAAUAUAAAUUAAAGGAUGGCGGAAAUUCUCAAAGAAAUACAAGAACGUGAUUUAUCAGAGUACGAAGCCAUUAAAACUAAUGGCAUAUGCUCCGAUGAGGAGCUCCAUAAAUUGCUAAAGGACCGUGAACGUUUCGAGACUAAAGUGAUUCAAAGCAAAAAGACACCCAUCAAUUACAUCGAAUAUAUACAAUUUGAAAAGAAUACACAUAAAUGGAUAACGGAGAAGGAGAAACAGAAUCGUUGCAACUUGACCAGUGUCAAAAAGUCUAUAAUUCAACGCAUUAUAAGAUUAUAUCGCAAUGGCACACAACAAUUCCCAGACGAUGAACGGCUAUGGAAAAGUUUCAUUCAAUUUAGUCAGAAAUCUAAUCCGGGACAAGUGGCUGGUAUAUAUGAAAAAAUGUUGUCGUACCAUGGCGACAAAGACGCAAUAUGGUGCGAUUAUGCCUUGUGGGCUUAUGAAUCAACACAAUUACUGAAGAAUGUCAAGGAAAUAUUCUUUCGCGCCCUUAAGAGACAUCCCACUUCAGAAGUGAUUAAUCUAACGUUUUUCGAUAUAUUGAUUAAAGAAACUGAUAGAAUUUCUAAUGUCGAUAAGCUCAAUGUAGCAGAACGUCAACUGGCUUUGGAUAGAGCAGUGUUGUUGUAUCGUAACAACAGAGCAAAAAUAACCAACGUUUCCUACUACCUCAAGCUAUUGGAGAGAUGCGAAGAUCCCAAGUUUGUAAACUGUACUGUUCUGUUACAAAAGGAGAUAAUUGAUGAUAUUUUAAAAUAUUUCUCUGCUCAAGCCAUAGUGUGGGAUUAUUUGGCUCAACGCGAGUUAAAAGGUUAUAAUAUGAUUGAUUUACAAGAGAUCACCUCCAAAAAAGUAGCCGAAAUACAGGAUAUGCAAACAAAUUUAGAAGAUGAGAAAGACCCCACAAUCAAGGGUGAAGUAUGGAAGGUGAGAAGCCUAAAAACACGCAUUGAAUUGUGUUUCCGAGUUUACGAAAAGGCUGUAGAUGCAGUACCAACUGAAGAAAUGUGGUCCUAUUUUAUUAAUGCCAUGUUAGACCUAAAUCAAGAUGUUCGUAUGGAUGGUGAACUAAAACGUCACUGUUUGGCGAAAUCCUUCAAUAUGGGCCACAAGUCGAGACUUAUGGGUGUGGAACACUAUCAAGCCUGUGUUGAAAUGCUUUUGAAAUCACCUAAUGGCAUAAAACAUGUUGAACAAUUGCUUAGUGAGGCUACCGAAACACACAAGAAUGAAAAAUUAUAUGAAUUGUGGAUGCGCGCAUAUGCCGAAACUCAAGAUGAGGCAAAAUUCUAUGAAAUCUUUUGCAAAGCUAACAAGGAUUUGGGUACUGCCAAAUGCGUUUCAGUUUGGUUACUAGCCUUGAAAUUCUACAAAGCAUACCAUGAAGAAAAUCCCAAAAAAUUAAGUGAAAUCCUUAAAGAAGCUGCCAAACAAAUACAUCCAGAAUUUGGCCAGUUCAGAGCUUAUUAUUUAGAAUACACAAUGACUUAUGAGUCAUUAAAGAAAGCUCGUGAUCUAUACGAUGAAUUGUGUCAAUUUCCACCUCCUUGCUUGGAGUUGCACAAGAAAAUGGCCGAAAUUGAAUUUCAAGCUGGUACACACUCCAAAGGUGAUGUUAGCAGAAUUCGUAAGUGUUGUGAAAAUGCUGUUCAUUAUUUUGGUGCGUCUAAUGUAGAAGUGUGGAUUGAUCUAUUAAAGUUUGAGCGCGAUGUGGGAAAUUUAAAGCUGAUGUCUAUUAUUUACGAAAGAGCCAAAAAUACAUUAAAUCCGGAAUUGGUGGAUACAUUUGUUACCGAAUAUGCAUUGCUAAAGGUUAUGAUGUAAAUUUGAAAUAUACAUACAUACAUAUAGUUAAUAUUUAGUCAUAAAGUAGUAUACAUAUGUAAGGUCCAUGAAAAAUACAUUACAUUUUUAUGUUUUUAAUAAAAUUGUAAAAAA